GGUUAUGAUUCGAUGAUUAGCUACUCGCGUUCACGAUCCACGAGGCGACUGAGCGCUCGGGUAUGUGUCAGUAGUCUAGUGCUAUUCUCAUCUGGACUUCACGCACUCACCUAGUCAAUCCUUCUGGCCACCUUGCAUUCCAUCGACGUGUCCCAGACAGCCCAGUCAGACUUGCCAACUCACUCCUGCGCCCCUCGCAAUAAGCUGUGCUGAUCCGCAAAAGAGUACCAAAACGGUGUAUGCCCAUCGUCCACAUCUUUCUCGCCUUGCUGGAGAGGCCGUGAAGCCAGCAUGACUGCCAUCCUGACAAUCACCCCGAGCAAACGGCGGGCUGACGAGACGGGCAUGGACGCUACCAUCCAAGCCCCUGCGCUCCUUGCUUCGGCAUCCAUUAUCCGCUUACCUCCAGAGCUGCUGGACCUCAUCCUGGUCAGCCUUGACGCGCAUUCUCUGCUGGCUCUGCAUUUGACGUGCAAGCGCUUCCAGAGCCACGUUGCAUCUGCAGCGCAUCUCUGGAAGCUGCUUUACGACUCGAGGUGGGAUACGCCCGAUGGUGAGCGCACAUUGCUCUACCCCUACAUCGGUCAUCCCUUGGAGACCGCCGUCGCAGAGGCUUCAUUGCACCAUGACGAUGCGCCAUCUCGCGCAAAGAACAAAGGCAAGGCAAAGGCUAGAGCCUUAUGCGAGCAAGGCGAUGUCAGGCCCGCUAUUUCCAUACAGAAGAGCCUUCGCUCGCAUUUGCGGCACGAGUUCAGACCGGACGAGCAAGCCAAGCGAUUUGCGCGUGCUGCAACGCUGGUGCGAAUGGGAGCAGAAUGCGAACUCAUCAUGCUCGCCAACCAGGCCGACGUGUGUCGCACGCUGCUUGCUGCUCUGCACUCACGCACCUUGAGGUGCAAUCGCGCCAACGGCAUUUUGCCACCCAGUCGCGCCUCCCAAACCCUCACCAGACUCUUCGACGACACGCCUGCUGGGCGCAGAGCGUUUGCCGUCUGGAUAUAUCCUCGGGCUGCUUGUGCUCAGGUCGCCGAAUGGCAGCGACAGCAACACAACACGGGCAUCGCUGGACAGCGUGGCCACGUCAUGCAAGAAUCGAUUCUGGACGGCCAAUUCAGCAGCGCUAGCACAGCAGAGCCGCUCUUCAAGAAGAACUACAAGGCCAACGCCUCGUCAAACGGGGCACGUUCCACCGCGGCCUUUCGAGGCGGCGAUCGCCGUUCGGCUCGCCUUCGGCAUGCCAGUACGCCCCAACACUUGAGGUACAUCUUCGAAAAGGCUACGAAUCUGGGAGGCGCCUAUAAACGCGCUUUGCCCACUUCGCUGGAAGAGAUCCCUCCUGUGGACGAGGAGCUCGCAGCCGAAUUGCAUUGUCACUACGGCCCGCGAGAGAUGCUCGACGACGUCUUCGCCCAAAGUCUGGCGCACAAGCUGCCUAACCGUGGAGAUUCGCACCCACGUAUGAAUCGCAAAGGGACACUGCGGAGCGUGCACAGGCGCAGUGAGGCUCAGUGCAAGCUUAUGCGCGCGAUUGGAAGCAGCAUAGAGCACACCCCAGGAGCUUUCGUGGACCCGGGAUCCAGCUCAGAGCUCGAAGAUGAGGAAGCUGACCUGAUCUCGGAUCCUCGACUGUGGUAUCCCGCCAAUACUCUCACUGGACACGCAGCGAGCCUUGGCAGCACACAAGGACCACCUGGCGACGUUCUUCUGCGCGCUGCGGCCAAAAGAAUCGUUUAUGAUACCGCUCGGUGGGGAACUGCGAACGGCUGGGGUCCCUUCCAUGCCUUCGAUCAAUCAGGUGACGCAGAGGAUAAUUUGCCGGCCAAUCUCAGGCAUCUCGACCCUCUUCUCUGCGAGACGGAAAGAAACGAAUCACGCUCGCGGAUCCACAAGGGAGAAGAUUCCACCACAUCCCCCAACCUCCCCUCUUCUCUCGCAGAAAUUCCACACUACAAGUAUGACCCUCAGCUCUCGCCCUCCGCGAAUGAUGUCAUGCGCCGUUUCCACAUCGCGACGUGCUGCGCACCAAGUUGGGUGGAAUCACAGCUACCAUCCUUUCUUGCCAGCCUUACAACAGUCAAGGAAAGACUGUCAUGCAAUCCUGACGCAUCAUACGGGUGGCUGCAAGAUCAUCUAUCUCGGUACAUGCAAUCCGAGCCUGCAGAACACGUGUUCCGACCUCCCGAUGUCGUUCUCUUGCAACGCUACCUUUUUGGCGAGACCGCUGCGACCGGGCGCAAACGAAGCAGCUUCAACCUCACAUCGAGUGUUGCACCAGAGAGCGACGUGGAAGAGGGGGCGGAAAUUUCGCCUGCGACAUCGACUGAUGCCUCAGGCAACGAUGAGCAUAACCUGGGCGAUUCGAGCUCCGAGCUGGACUCUGACGGCAUCAUCGAAGUCAUCAGCCUUGACUCCAGCCAAGGCAGUCCUUUCCCCCUAGACCAGCCUGAAGACCACAUCGCCGGCGCAGCACAAGCCGAUGACGGCGUGCUCUUCUUGUCCGAAGAUGAAAGCGACGAAGACUUCACUUCAGAGACGUCGGAUUAUGAAGGCCUCUUCUCGUUGAUGGAAGGGGAUGAAUUUGGGAGUGACUCAGUGGAAUUUCGUUUGAGGUUGCUCAUAGGGCAAGCACAAGGCGGUCUUGCAAGAAGAGAAAUGCGCAAUGCAAAGCUACGCAGAUUGCUACAUCCCAUUCCCCAUAGAAAGACCGUCAAUUGGCUUGCACUCGAAGCGAUACAGACUGUGAUGCGAUGUAACAUUCUGCACGCUCGGCAAGUGCAUCACUGGGGAGCCGCUUUUGCAUCAGCAACUGCCGGUCCGCGUUCUCUCAACCCACAGCUUGGUGCCCCGUCGCAUGAUGACUUUGUGGACCCUGAGCACGCCAAGAACAGGACUUCACACCUCCUUUUACCUCCCUGGGGAUGGGCACACUCGCGAGGCGAGAAACUGCAGCCUCAAAAUCUUGAGUCUCCUGACUCGCACGACUGGGCUCACAUCGAAGGUGUUUGGAUCGGAACCUAUGCAUUCCUAGACUUCAGCGAUUGGCUAGCGUACAAUGGCCUCGUCGCUGCGCAGCGAGGACACACGGCAGGCCCUCAUGAUCAUCAACAGUACAGCAACCCCCCUAAGCUGACCCACGUGCACGAAGCGGUAGGAGACUUUUUGGAGCUUCGAUUGAGGCUACUCAGUGCCGCCGAGAAGAGCACCAGAGCAGACUUGGUGGAUGUCAGCAGCGAGCAUCAAGAUCCCGACUAUCCCCCUCUGCACUUCGAAGGUGCCACUUACCAUUACACGCUCGAAGAAGAGGACGGCGACGUGAGCGGAGGAGCUACUAGAAGAGGGCGAGUCCACGGCGUCGCUCGCCCAGUAUUUGCGACUUCGGGUGACGAGUCCAUUGGACAAAGGAGAGCAAUUGCUGCCAUUCAUAUGACCUUUACCCAUAGCUACGACGGCGAGGAGAGGUGGAAACUCGAGGGCGUUCAGGCCGGACCUCCUGGUUCCCGCGCCGCCGUGUAUGGAAUUUGGACCGACGCAAACAGGGGAGCUAUUCAAGAAGUGCUUCGACCGACCGAUCCAUGCGGACCCUGGACCUACUGGCGCGUUGAUGAGCGGAAAUGGAAAGACGUGCUUGAAGAAUUGCAGCAACGUAAACACGCUCCAUCUGAGGCGUCAUGAGUGUGAUCUGGCCUCCAGCCGCCUUACCGCUGAGGAACACCGGCGUACUCAACGCUACACGUCACGCAGUUCACGUCCAAAUUUCCCCGGUCCUUGGCAUCACGCUUUGUCAGGUCCCUAGCAGGAAGGUUGUAAAGAUUUCGAAUGUCUUGUAGCAGACUGCGACCGCACGCUUAGUAAUCAUG